UGUGUGCACACUUACUGUUCGUUACAGUUGGUAACAGUAUUAUUUUAUAAUUCUAUACUUUAGGCUUUUACAAGAAUUCAGGUAUUUCUCUUACGUUAGGUUAAGCUAAGCUGUUAUGCAAAAUCAUUUUCGUGCAGCCGUUCGGAGGCAUUUUAACCAGAAUGUACUACAGUUUUUCAAGGAAAAUGUGCGCUUUUUAUCAAGUGGGGGUAGAAAAAAAGUGUUUCUUCAUGACUUCCAUUUUAAAAAGAAGGCAAAAUUUGUGGAAUUUGCUGGAUAUGAAAUGCCCUUACAAUAUUCUGAUUUCAAUAUUAUUGCGUCUCAUAAGCAUACACGAGAGCAUGUUAGUAUAUUUGACGUUUCUCAUAUGUUGCAAGCCAAAGUAUACGGAAGAGACAGAGUGAAAUACAUGGAAAGUCUUGUGGUGUCUGACAUAAAAAGUUUGAAUGAGAAUCAGAGCACCUUAACAUUAUUUACAAAUGAUCGGGGUGGAAUUAUUGAUGACUUAAUUGUCACUAAAACAGAUAAGGACUAUCUGUACUUGGUAUCAAACGCCGGUUGCGCCGACAAAGAUUUGGCACAUUUACAAAAGAGAAAAGAAGAAUUCAAAAUGAAAGGUGCGGACGUGGAAGUCGAAGUACUAGAAGACAGGGUACUGUUGGCAGUACAAGGUCCUGGUACAGCAAAAGUGCUGGACCCUUUAGUUGGAUGUGAUCUAAGUGACCUGACUUUUAUGACAUCUACUUGUUCAUCAAUUUGUGGCGUUGAUGACUGCAGAAUUACCCGUUGUGGAUACACUGGAGAAGAUGGAGUUGAGAUAUCCUUACCAGAAGAGAAGAGUCAGUUUAUUUUAGAAAGGAUAUUAGAGUCUGAUUUGGAUGAUGUAAAGCUUGCUGGAUUAGGAGCAAGAGAUACAUUGCGAUUAGAAGCUGGACUAUGUUUAUAUGGAAGUGAUAUAUCUGAAACAACUACGCCUGUAGAAGCAAGUCUAUCAUGGACAAUUGGUAAAAGACGUAGAACUGAAGGUGGAUUUCCAGGAGCGGAAAUAAUUUUACCUCAGCUGAAAGAAAAACCAAAACACAAAAGGGUUGGUUUCCUUUCUACUGGACCCUGUCCUAGAGCUCAUGCUCCAAUAAUGAAUAAAGAAGGGAAAACUAUAGGAGAAAUAACAAGUGGAUGCCCAUCUCCUUGCUUAAAUAAAAAUAUUUCUAUGGGAUAUAUAGAAACAUCAUCAUCGAAAGUUGGAACCCAAGUCACUUUCUUAAUUCAUAAAAAAGAAUUCGCUGGAACCAUCGUAAAAAUGCCAUUUGUACCAACAAAGUAUUACUUUAAGUAAUAUGUAAUAUACAUGAAAAUUAAAUUUAGUUUAAUAGUUA